CUGGUAAUUCCAUGGAAGCGGUGCUAAUAUAAAACAAAGGAUGGAGGAACACGCCACGAAGAGUGCAAUUGUCGGGAUGGGGUUUGAAGGGCCCGGGGCCCAGAAUGUGGAUGAGUUCUGGAAACUUCUGGAAAACGGUGAAAACCACAUCACAGACAUACCGACAGACAGGUGGAACAACACGGCGUUCUACAGCCCCGACCCCGACAAACCUGGGAAAUCUUACGUCACUAAAGCUGGGUUUGUUUCCAGACCUUUUGACUUCGACAACAAAUUUUUUAACAUCAACGACACAGAGGCCCGGUCUAUGGACCCCCAGCAAAGGUUUGCUCUACGUUGUGCCUACAUGGCGAUGGAGGACGCUGGACUGACCAGAGAGAUGUUGGCCAAAUCGCGAACUGGCGUUUACAUGGGCUCAAUGAACCAAGACUUCAGCGGCAUGUACGCCGGCCCCUCCCCCGCCAUCAACAACUACACAGUGACCGGAGUCUCCAACACCAUCAUCGCCUCCAGGAUAGCUUUCUUCUUCGAUCUACGUGGUCCUGCCAUGGUCAUUGACACAGGCUGCUCGUCGGCGCUUGUGGCCAUUCACCAAGCUAUCCUUGGACUUCGAAACGGUAAACUUGGGAGAAGUUUUAGAUUACUGUUUUAG